AUGCUCUUUUUUUUCGCAGAUUAUAUUCUCGUCUAUGAAAAAAAGCGUGAAAAUGUUUCAGAACAAUUAACGUCAACAUCAGAUGAAUUUGAGACAGAGAAAAGUCGAAUAAUACAUGAACCAAAAGAUAAACGAGAAAUAUGGAAGCAAUCAUUUCUGAUGAAUUUGGCAAACAUUGGAUUAUUAAUGGAAACUGAAAUAUGCGAAGCCGAGAGAUGUAUGAUUCAUUUUAUAAAGUUGAGUGUACCAUGGCAUUUGGUGGUAAAAUAUGCACAAGAUUUAAAUUUUCGUGCACCUAUUCAGGUGGUUAAUAAUAAUGAAAACCUUGAUACUAUGACGGACAAAUUAUUUCGUUUCAUUCAUAUAAAAAAUCCUAUGAAAUCAGAUGCAUCGACGAUUCAUCCUGACUUGUAUAGUUGUCUGUUUCAAUCAUCAAAACAAGAUAAAUUUUUAGGCAAUGAUCGUUUUUCCGUUCAUUUUACAAAUACUCAGCGGAGUCUGAUCGUUCAUGAAAUUCUUCAAACAACACCUUUUGGAUAUUCAGAAAGAGGUGAAAUUGGUAUUGAUCGCUUACUGCGUGAGCAUGUUUUUCAAGCUGCUUAUCCGUUGCAUGAAGGCAAUUAUAAAUUUACUCCCACUAAAAUACAUACACCACAAGAUGAAAACAAUCCAAGACGAGUGCUCUAUGAUACAUGGGUACGAUAUCGUAUUUGGUAUAAAAAUCAACCGUUAGAUUGUAUACGAGAAUAUUUUGGAGAAAAAAUAAGCAUUUAUUUUGCAUGGCUAGGAUUAUACACUACCUGGUUAUUACCAGCAUCCAUUGUCGCUAUCAUGUUUCUUGAACAUUGGAAACGUAAAAAUGCUGAAAUUGCUUAUCAAUGGGAUUUAAUGGAUUUUGAAGAAGAAGAGGAUCACCCACGACCUGAAUUUACUGUACGAGCACCAUCAGUAGAAAAAAAUCCUAUAACUGGAAUAUUGGAGCCAUAUUUUCCAACAUCUCAUAGACGUUAUCGGGUUUUAGCCGGAGUAUUGUCAUUAAGUGUUAUGAUAUGUAUUGUAAUCAUAUUUAUAAUAGCCAUUAUUGUCUAUCGAACUAUUAUCAAUAUACCAUUGUUUAAAAAUAAAGACUUAAGAAAAUAUGCGCUUAGUUAUGCAUCAAUCAGUGGAGCAUUUUUGAAUUUAAUUGUUAUUAUGAUAUUGGGAAAAGUAUACGAAAUAUUAGCUUAUAAACUCACUCAAUGGGAAAUGCAUCGUACACAAACAGAUUUUGACAAUCAUUUGACUAUUAAAGUAUUUCUAUUUCAAUUUAUCAAUUUUUAUUCCUCAAUAUUUUACGUAGCAUUCUUUAAAGGAAAAUUUACGGGUUAUCCGGGCAAUUAUCGACGACUAUUUGGAUUGAGACAAGAAGAGUGUGGACAAGGUGGAUGUCUCAUUGAAUUAGCCCAACAAUUAGCCAUUAUUAUGAUUGGAAAACAAGCUAUUAAUAAUAUUCAAGAAAUUGUUAAACCAAAAUUGAAAACAAUGUAUCAUAAACUAAGAAUUUCUAUCACAAAAGGUGAAACACGAUGGGAAGAGGAUUAUAGACAUCUUGAAUUCAGUGGAUUAUUUGAGGAAUAUUUAGAAAUGGUGUUGCAAUUUGGCUUUAUUACAAUAUUUGUUGCUGCUUUUCCACUUGCACCAUUAUUUGCAUUAUUAAACAAUUGGAUUGAAAUACGUUUAGACGCACAUAAACUUGUGUGUGAAACAAGGUAUCAAUAUUAUUUAGUGUUUUUUUAUGAAUAG